CUCAGGACUUUGAAGCACCCGCACGUUUGAGCGCAGGCAAACCCUCGUUCCCUCGCCUUUCGCCUCCCUCGUUUCCGAGGCAAUGCCCAAAGUGAAGAGGAGCAGGAAGCCCCCCCCGGAUGGCUGGGAGCUGAUUGAGCCAACGCUGGAUGAGCUGGAUCAGAAGAUGAGAGAAGCGGAGACCGAGCCUCACGAAGGGAAGAGGAAAGUGGAAUCCCUUUGGCCUAUCUUCAGAAUUCAUCACCAGAAAACACGUUACAUCUUUGAUCUCUUCUAUAAAAGAAAAGCUAUCAGCAGAGAGCUCUAUGAAUACUGCAUCAAGGAAGGAUACGCUGACAAAAACCUGAUUGCAAAGUGGAAGAAACAGGGUUACGAGAACCUCUGCUGCCUGCGGUGCAUCCAGACGCGGGACACCAACUUCGGAACCAACUGCAUCUGCAGGGUCCCCAAAAGCAAGCUGGAAGUGGGGAGAAUCAUUGAAUGCACUCACUGCGGAUGCAGAGGCUGUUCUGGGUGAAGCCUUUAGCCGCAAGACUACUUCUUGAACUCUGAGGGAUAUCAUCCUACACGAUGGACUGUUAGUGCAGUUACAGCCGCCUUCUGUGUGAGUGGGUAUUUCUGUAUAGCAAUUAAAACAGCAGCGUUUUCAUCUGGAUCAUAUAUACAAUGGUGCUUGGUUUGGAGUAGGUUUUUGUGUAGCCAUUUAUUUUAAAAUAAAGUCUGCCUUCUUGAGAGAGCGGUGCGAUCUCCUGGCGAAACAUUUCUACGCCGCUCUUCUCCUCU